GUUAUGGACUCAUGAUGGGCACCAACAAUGAUGUAGAAAGUCUCACCGCUUCAUUUCCAAAAGAAGAUGUCUAUAGCAUGAGACGAAUCGUGAUAGCUCCAAUAUUUGGUGCUAUUCUUUCUGUGCUAUUUCUUUAUUGGAAGCGCUUCUUUGUAUCGUUAGAAUUUUAUUUCAGAAUAGCCUAUGCGCUAGUGCCUACAGUCAUCAUAGCCUUUCUUCUAAAAAAGUAUGUAGAUCAAGCCUUAGGAAGUGUGCUCAUAGUAGGUAUUAAUCUGCUGAUAGGUGGUUUUAUUAUGCUCUAUCUAGAAUCUUACUUUAAGAAAAAAACAAAUGAUGAGAGUAGUUUAAAACCAUUGAAUUAUGCAUUUAUAGGUUUAUUUCAAGCUAUCUCUAUAUUUCCAGGGGUGUCUAGAUCCGCAGCUACUAUUUAUGGGGGUAUGUUUCAGGGAAUGAAUAGAAAAGAUGCCGCAGAAUUCUCUUUUGUAUUAGCUGUACCUAUCAUGUUUUUAGCUACAGUCAAGGACUUGUAUGAUUUUCUUAAAUUGGGAGCACAAUCUAUUUCCAAUCAAGAGGUCACCCUCCUCGUCUUUGGGAAUAUAGUUGCCUUUCUUGUCGCUAUAUUAGCUAUAAAGUUUUUUGUUUCCUAUAUAGUAAAAUAUGGUUUUACCAUGUUUGCUUAUUAUCGAAUACUAAUAGAAUCUGGAGUUAUACUACCCGUCUACAAACCCCUCCAUUGGACAUCGUUUGAUGUGGUAAAAAAAAUCAAGGGGAUGACUCGAAAGGCGAUCCCCAAAUUUAAAAUAGGCCAUGCAGGAACCCUUGAUCCCUUGGCCGAAGGUCUUCUCAUCAUAUGUACCCAAAAAAUGACCAAACAGGUAGAUGCCAUUCAUGCGCUGCCUAAAACGUAUAUAGCUACCAUUUUUCUAGGUGCAGAGAGACCUUCAUAUGACAAAGAAACCGAAGUAUCCGCUACCUUUCCUAUUGAUCAUCUCAGUGAAACUUUGGUCAAGGAAACCUUGGCUAGUUUUCUA